AUGCAAAACGAAGAGGGAGUUUUCACUGAGCUUUACGUUCCCAGGAAAUGCUCGGCCACCAACAGGUUGAUAACUUCAAAGGACCAUGCGUCGGUUCAGAUCAACGUCGGGCAUCUGGAUGAGAAUGGCAUCUACACAGGCCAGUUCUCCACUUCUGCUCUCUGUGGUUACGUCCUUGCUCAGGGAGAUGCCGACAGUGGUCUGGACCGACUCUGGCAGAAGAAGAAAGCUGAAGUUAAACGACACUAGGAAGAGAAAACUGUUUUUCUAGUGUUUCUUCUUUGGACAUGUGUUCUUGAGUAUGGAAGUGUUUAAUUAGUGAACUGAUACAUUAUGUUGAGCAAUUUUCUCUCCAUUCGUAUUGUACGUUGCAAAUAGUUGGCAA